AUGUAUGGACAUCCGUCUCGAUCGAUUUAUAAUUUUGAUCAGAGACCAAAAGUCGUCCCGAUCUAUUCAAGACAAAAAGAAUUCGCAGUAGUAGCGCCUCCAUCAAGACUGUCGACCUCAUCAAACAGCUCAACUUUUGCUGGCCAACCCACUUCUUUCCGAUCAAAUUACGGCUCAACAUAUGCAGCGAACGAUAAGGAAACCCGUCGAAGCUAUGAUGAUCGAGUCAAUAAAAUUCUUGAAGAGAAAUACGGUCGAAUGAACAAAGGAUUGAGGCAUUUUUCGAUGAAAGUUUGCGAGAAAGUCAAACAAAAAGGAUGCACAAGUUACAAUGAGGUUGCCGAUGAAUUGGUUUCUGAAUAUUUUGAUGCGAUGAAUGAUACACCGGCUCCACAAUUUCAAACCUUUGAUAUGAAAAAUAUUCGUCGUCGAGUCUACGACGCAUUGAAUGUCUUGAUGGCGGUGAAUAUUAUUGAGAAACAAAACAAGGAAAUUCGUUGGAACGGUUUGCCUACAACAGCAGCACAAGAGAUGAAAAUUUUGGAAAACGAAAAAACGAAGAAAGAAGAAAAAUUGAAAGAAAAAUACGAGCAAUGCCUUGAUUUGAUGAUGCAAAUUGUCGCCUAUAAACAUUUGAUAAUGAGAAAUCGAGAAUCGCCUUCAGUUUCAACAAAAGCUUCCCUAAAUCAUUCAGUUCUGUAUCUCCCUUUCCUGGUUGUCGCUACUGAGCCAACAACUGAAGUUGAUGUCGGUGUGGCUGGUGAUCGUUCUGAAUUUCUUUUUCAUUUGGAUCGUCCAUUCGAAAUGUUUGAUGACGUUGAAGCUUUGAAACGUUUGGAAUUGACAGCUGGUCUUGAAUCUCAAUCAAUAUUUCCAAAUGAAGUUCGCGACGGCACAAAACAAAUGUUACCUAGAAGGUUACGCCCAUUUGUUGAUGAAGUACUAAAUGAAGUCGAGAAUGCACGAGCGUUAGAACGACAAGCAUCGCUUCGAGAUCAAAAUAAGUCUCAUCAGUCGAUUGCUUACGCAAGACCAUCUUCAAUUGCUCGUGUUGGCCAAGUUUCAAUGCAAUCGUCGGGAGUUCGACCAAGCAAGCAAAAUAUAGCUUCGACCACCUUCGUCAGUAUGAAGCCAUCGGCUCUUAUGCGUCAAGGGAUAUCAAUGCAAACGCGUAAGCAAGAGACUUUUCAAAAACCUCCUUCAACAUCGGAAAGGCCACACACUGGGGAAACAGUUGUCGUAGAUGGUGUUUACUAUACAGUUGCAUCAAAUGUACCGAAAAAAGAAAUGCUCCCAAUGAGCCAAUACCAAAUGCCACACCACACUUACCAAGAGGUGCCACAAAACCUAAUGGAAGAAGUUGAAAUUUUCGACGAAAUCGUUUACGAAGAUGUUGGUGCCACCGAAGAAAUCGCCUAUAGUGGA